AUGAGCGGAGGACGCAGCCCCGGGGACCGCCAGGCCCGGCCCAUCCGGUUACCUGUUUGUUUCGCCGUCGCGCAGCUGCCUGCAGCCCGAGCUCCCGCACUAAUGGGGCUCCGAGCACCCACGUCUCCCGAGAACCUGUGGCGCGGUCUGGACACAAACCAUGGUGUAAGCGGUGCUGUUCCCGUGGUGACACCGAAGGCCUCGGGCCACAGCCUGACCUGUGCCCCGCAGCCCGAGGACGAGGACGACGAGGAGCCGGCGCUGGAGGAGUUGGAGCAGCGCGAGGUGCUGGUGCUGGGGCUGGACGGCUCUGGGAAGAGCACGUUCCUGCGCGUGUUGUCCGGGAAGCCACCGCUGGAAGGCCACGUCCCCACCUGGGGCUUCAACUCCGUGCGCCUGCCCACCAAAGACUUCGAGGUGGACCUGCUAGAGAUUGGCGGCAGCCAGAACCUGCGCUUCUACUGGAAGGAGUUUGUGAAUGAAGUGGACGUGCUGGUGUUCGUGGUGGAUUCGGCUGACCGGCUACGGCUGCCCUGGGCCCGGCAGGAGCUGCACAAGCUGCUAGACAAGGACCCUGACCUGCCUGUCGUCGUGGUGGCCAACAAGCAGGACCUGAGUGAGGCCAUGAGUCUGGCGGAGCUGCAGCGGGAGCUGGGCCUGCAGGCCGUCGACAACCAGCGGGAGGUUUUCCUCCUGGCAGCCAGCAUCGCCCCUGCAGGAUCCGGCUUUGCAGACCCCGGCACCGUGCACAUCUGGAGACUGCUCCUGGAGCUUCUCUCCUAGGCUGGCGGGCGCUCGCUCACCGCCCAGCCCCGGGGAGCCCAGCUCUGCUGCUCCGGCUUCUCCACCAGCCCGGACCUGGGGCAGGAGCCACGUACUUCCCUCCGCUCCUCCAGGCAGGGCCUGGGCAAGGCCAGGAACCACACAGAAGCCUUCCUGGGGAGAUGGCCGUGAGGCUGAAGCAGGGAGGCGGGUGAGGCAGGGGGUGGGCGAGGGUGCCGUCUGGCUCAUUCAGGGCUGGGAGUGGACCCAGCCUUCACCAGCGAAGGCCUCCUCCUCUGACCCAUUCAGUGAGCUGUCCAGCAGGCACGUUCUCCCAGAGGUGCUCCCAGUCCCAACCGUUUGCUCCUGGCACUUCUCGCCCCUCGGGCAGGCAGGUUCUGGCCGUGCGCAGGGAGCCCUGGCGCCCAGUCCCACACCGUCCUCCAGCCGCAGCUCUGCCCACUGGCCCACGGCCCUGUGCAGUCUCUUCCUCUCUGGCCCCGGGCAUCCUUUUUAAAAGAAAAUGAUUUCUAUGUUUUUUUUCUAACUGGGAGAUGCGUCUCAGGAAGUACCAGGAUGAACCUGGAGACCCCGGCAAGCUCUCUGAAACCCUUGCUUCCUCCAAGCCCAGGCCUGGCCCCCAGCCUCCCGUGGCUACGGGAGAGGUGGCGUUCACCCCCCGUCUGGAGACACAGGCUGCCGCCGUCGCACGAAGUGUGCCCGUGCCAUCCAUGUUUACAUGAGUCAGACGGGGGUGGGGUCCACGUUCCUGGAAAGACCAGCUCCCCCUCCCCCCAGAGUGGGGUGCUGGCCUCAGAACUGUGUCGCGAUUAUUUAUUUACGUAUAAAAGGAACAGGCUAUAGGUUUAGGCUGUUUCCAGGUGCUGUUAUUAAAACCCCAGAUGAUUGUCAUGGAAAA